AUGGAGGGGCUCAAGAAGAUGCUGAAUGGCAUAGUGUCGCUUAAAGUGAGGGAGUAUGUGAAGGACUACUGCCGGAGGAACGGGCUACUGACACUGUCGGUCAUCGCCGUGGUGACCGGUUGUGUUCUUGGAUUCCUCCUAAGGUCACUCAACCUUUCCACACAGGUAUGGAUGAAGGAAGUGAUGCAGAUCCAAGAGGAACCACUGUGGCUGGAGUAAUCCAUUAUGUAACCUAGCUACUAUACAGACAGGUUUUUUCCAUUUCAAACAAACUGUAUGUUUUGGAGGCAAAGUUAGAGACAGAUUUGGGUUGGGAUGUGAUUCUGGUCAGGGGAAAUUAUCUUUAAUGUGGUCGGUCUAAGAGCCAGGGAGUUUUUGCAUAGUUCACAUUUGUACAAAGAUAGGUGUUGAGCUAAAUUUAGUCACUAUAUCAUCCUUUACGUAGAUAUUAAAACAAACCACCGAGCUGAGCAGCCAACACAUCAAACAAUUUGUCGAUCUAAAUAGUUGGAGCAUCAGGAUGAAUUCAGUUGUUGUUUGUUUGAUUUUAAAAGGAAAAAAAAAUAGGAUUUCUAAUUGAUUUGCGUUCGUUAAUUUGGUCUGGUGGUGACCGGGGAUGUCCAACAGUAAAUUCAUGUCCCACUCUGACUCUACCUCCGUCGACCCGUACCCUGAUGAUUGAACCUUUCCCCUUAACAAGCCACUCUCCAUACUUUAACGCAGCCAAUCAAAGGAUUUGAUUAGCGCGUUGUUUACUGUAAUUGGAUUAACGACUUUUUUAACGUUGCCAUCCUUAAAAAGGCAAAAAUAUUCAAACUACACCACUAACCAAACUUUGAGAGGCAUAGUUGAGUAUUUAAUGGCUAAAAAGCAAAAUUAUACCCCUUGUAGGUCGUCAUGUUGGGUUAAAAACAAGUGUUGGCAUCAGCAAAAGUGGCCCCGAACUCUUUGAUUCCACCUGCGAUUUGUACAUUAAAACCCCUUUUGAUGUGUCACCAACAGAUUCUCUAUUUAAAGUUCCUCUUACAAAAUAAACACAUUGGAAAUGUCCGUCAUAAUGCUCAUAGUCUUCAGGUCGACCGAGUCACCAUCCUUAUAGACUCUCCUAAUUGAUCAAGUAGAUUAUGUGUUUUGGCUGAGUCAGAGACUUGGAGACAAGCGUCCUGUGUGCUCGGUUAAAAUGUGAGAAUCAUCAGCUGCAGAGCAACAAAAUGUAGGCUGAAAAUGGUGUUCAGUUUGAUUUUAGGAGCAAUUAACAAUUUAUGUCAAAUACUUAAAAUGUAGGAGAGAGAUAGACUCUGAAUCAAAACAUUAGUAAUUCCUUCAUACUGAGUCUUGGUUCCUGUGUACAAGUCAGAUUUCAACACUAAGUCUAUUUUCAGAACUCUGUUGCAAAAGUUUGGGGAUAAGAAAAAAAUUAGUUUUUCUGUCAAUGUCAAGACUGGGACAGGAGAAAAAUCAGUAACUCAUUCAUUUGCUUCUUCAACAAAUUCAAGCUUUGGCAAGAGCCACGUCUUUUCAGUUCAGCACAAUAAAAAAAACACAACAAACAUUGACCAAAGGGGUCGCCAGAAUCAACCAAAUAUGAAAACCCCUUACUGCGCCUUUAACUAGAAUAGGCAUGUCAUAGUUUUGUGGGGUUUUUAGGACAGUAAAUCACAAUAUCAACAAAACAAAAUCAUGCAUCAUCUCUGUGCACCUCUGCUUUGAUUUGGACAAUGUUUGUACCGUCUAUGUUGUAUGCGAGUUUGCUUCAGGUGUUUCUCUCUUUCACACAGGCUAAAAUCUACUUCUCCUUCCCUGGAGAGCUGCUCAUGAGGAUGUUAAAGAUGCUGAUUUUGCCUCUCAUCACCUCCAGGUGAGUUUGAGAAAAUGAGCAUUAUGAGGUUGUUUUCAAUUAUUAGAAAAAAUAGCUUUGUAGGAGACAAAGAGGGUUUAUUCUGGGGUAAAUACCUCUUUUUUUGUGGUAUCCUGAAUAUAUGCUGUACAUUCUGUCAUAGAAAAUCAACACAGUCACUUACAGAUCAACAGGAUUGAAUCAUAACUGUUUCUGAAAAAAUCUUAUGAUUCAGAUAUCUGGUACUUUUGAAGUAAAUUGUAAUUGCUCAGUAAAAACCACAACCAGAAAAGUGAUCAAUUUGAACCAAAAUUGAUAUUUUGUGACACCAAAUUGAAUGUUGAUAUAAAACUGUUCAAAUCUGAAUCAGCCUGACAACUCUUUUUUCCCCCCAUACAGUCUUAUGUCCGGCCUGUCAGCCAUGGACACGAAGGCGAGCGGUCGGCUUGGCGUCCUCACCAUCACCUACUACCUGUGGACGACCUUCAUCGCCGUCAUCGUUGGUAUUGUGCUGGUGCUCAUCAUUCAGCCGGGGGUGGGCUCAGAGAUAGACGGCCACCAUGCCCACUCAGGGCCUGUAAUGACCUCGGCUGACGCUCUGCUGGAUCUCAUCAGGUUAAUAUCCACAGACACAACAACUUCAACACCAGUGAUAGAAGUAAAGACGACCUUUACCUCACCCAUGACAUUAUCUACUGUUGCUCUCCCUUCAACAAAGGUUUACAGCCACUACUUUUCACUCAUAACUUGAAACAAAACAUUUGGCCAAAUGCUAGUUUAAAGCUCCAGUAAGGAACUAGGCAUUAACCGUUUAUUGCCCUUUGUGUCAUAUUUGAUACAUACUUUUGUAAUACUUCUAUCAAUCAAUAUGAUCAACAAAUUCCAAAAAAAAACCACCUAAACACAGUCCGAUAAAUGAUAAAAAUGUCCUCUUGUGGUUUAUCGGUUUCCAAAAACAUCUGAUGUAUCAAAUGAGAUAAAUUUGUAAAAUUUAAGGGCAUUUUGAUUUUUUGGUUUUCAGUAGUAAGUGAAAUAAACAUUUCAGCUCCAAAAAAAUUUGAAUUUACUGCCCAUAAUUUGUGGUUUCAGGCAUUAUAGGGUUAAAUCUUGCAAAAUAAAAAUGGACAAUCUUAUCGGAGAUUUUCUGCUUUCUUCAGUAUGAAUUUUUAUAAAUGUCAAAAAACUCUUAAUAGGAAAAAUGUCAGAGUGUUGACAGAAGUUGAUAAUAUUCAUCCUGUAGUAAUCAUGCAGAUUUUAUAGAUCUGAUGCAGCUAGUUAAAACUCACACAGUCUGCAGGGUAUAUCCUCUGAGUGCCAUGAGUAUACAUCUUACUUUUCAUGGUUAUUGAUCAAAAUGAGACGUCUACACAAGUAUUGACACCAGCAGAAGGCAGCCAAGUCGGAAACCUGCAAAGCUAUUAGGAAGUUGGUUAAAUCAUCAAAGUGCGCUUAAAUCAGCAGGUUAUUUUCUGGGAAUUUUGCAUCAAACAAAUGGGCAAUCCAAUCGAAUCCAGGUUUAUUUAUAAAGCACAUUUAAAAACAACAAAACGCUGACCAAAGUGCUUAAAAAACAAUUAAAAAACUGACAAUUAACAUGAACAAUAAAACAAAGACACCGGAAACACAUUAAAAACAGGGGGACAUAGAAGUUCUCAGGAAUUAAAAGCCAGGGAGUGAAAGUGCGUGAAACAGGCAGUGAGGGGGACAGGCACGCUGAUGAAACACCGCUCUGCCUCCUGCAUGCUCGUUUCCCAACAUGUUUCCUGCCCUGACCUGAACCAGACCAAGUCCUUUUCAGUUAAUGAUCAAAUCGUCUUACAACAACGUGUACAGCAUGUGAAAGGAAAAGACCAGACAAUGUCCGGACCUGAUUGUUUGCAGAUCUCGGGACAGCUGAUCCUUCUCUCUGGUAAAUCAGAACUGCAGUUUUAAGGAUGCUGCAGUAUUUUAGCCUCUCUGUGUGUGUUAAUGAAAGAAACAGAAAGGCAUAAAGACAAACGAAGAAAAAAAAAACCUUUUUCCCUCUGUAAGAUGGAGCGAAAACACUCCCCUGAGGUUUGAACACAAUUCUCUUUGUUUUAUUUCAAGUGUUGUUUACUUGGAUGAGGAAUUGCUGCGUAAUACCUCUCUCAACCCGAGGUAAACCAGUGCAGACUGUAGACAAAGUCAAUGGUACAGACCAAUUAAACUAAAUCCAGACCUUAUGACCCCUUGUGCUUCGGGAUCAGGAAGCUCUGUAAUCGCAAAGACUCGAGAGAUCACUUCGAUGGCUGGAGCUGAAACAAUCAUUCUUACGCUGAGAAUUGAGGAAUCAUGGAAAAACCUGCGAUUAAAGCUUUCUGAAAACACGGUAUCCUCUAACAUUUCAUGAACUCUAAAAAUGUCAAUAAAACAUAAAGCAGCUGGACCCUUGGAUUGAUUUAAAUUUAUAAUCUCACUGAAAUAUCAAAGUCUUUGUUGCAGCAGUGGAGGAAUCACAGCAGAAAAAUUAAGAAGGAGGAGAGAAUAUGCGCUUGUAGGAGAUUUGCAGAGUCACUUCUACGUAUCACACCGGCUAAUAAUAGGAAGAAACUUAAUUUUGAUCUGUUAAGCCUACACUUUCUCAGAAGGUCUGGUCAGCGGUGUUAUGUGCCACACAGUCUGCAGUUCAGUGUGUGUGUGUGUGUACAUGGCUUUCUAAGAGGCCAUUCAUGUCAGAGAUCCACUAAUUCCUGCCUCUUAAACCCGAUUAUUGUAGUGAGCUGUGACUGGUGUGUUUGCUGCUGUAAGCCAAGGGUCAGGUGUACAUUUCAGUCCUCUUACGUGUUUGACAAGCUUCUGCGUGGCUUUGGUGUCAUUGACGUAUGCUGUGUUUACAAUCCCUGAGAAUGAUGCAAUCUGUGAUCCUGCACCUAGAACUUUUCAUGCCUUCCCCCCCUGCUGUGUGAUGAUGUACACACGGCUUUAAGGAGUUCAUGUUUUUGAUACACUUGUGCUACGUGUUCAGAUUGCAUAAGUGAACGUUAAACCUGUGAAAAGGAAGAGUCCCUCACUUUGUGUCGACUCCAGUGAAUGUCGUGUUCAGAUCUUGCUCAGGCAAAAGUAGCAUGUCCUCCGUUCUCCAUCAAAAAUAAGUAAAUAAAAAGUUAUUUAAAAAAAAGUGAAUUAUGUUAUUUACUGUUAAUUACCUGGUAAUAAGUGUACCGUAAAAGAAAGCGUUACCAGAUUUUUUUCCAUUAGAGGUUCUUAAAAGGUCAAAAGUUUAAGACAUCUAUGCAGAGGAAAUGCUUCAUGUGUUAUUUUGCUUUACACAUUCCUAAGGAAAACAUAGCUCAACAAUUUCAAUCCAACCCACUUUAUUUAUAUUAAGUUAACCAAAGAGCUGCACAAUGAAAUUAAAAGAACAAACACUGCAGAAAACACCAAGAUGAAAUAAAUAAAAGCAGGUAAAAAAGAUUUAUAAUGAAAUAAAAUAAAUGAAAAAAAAAAACACAAAAGCAUUAAAGAAAUAAAAGUGAUAAAAGGACCAAAAAAAAAGACACAAAAAGACAGAGAUCACACAACUCUCAUGCUGAGCUUAAAGCCAAGGAGUAAAAAUGAGUUUUAAGACACGAUUUAAAAGUAGAAAGAGUCGGGGGAUGUUUUAAUCUCGAGUGGAGAAUUUCAGAAUACAUUUUUGCAGAAUUGAUCAACUCCGGUACAGAAUAUCAUCAAAAGAUUUAAAACAUCUGGAAAAAUCUCUGCACGUGAGGGUCAAGGUUUAAAAUGAAUACUGCACAGUCAUGGUUGGGGUCCUCAGGAGGCAAAAACAGGCAUGACUCUAUAGUGGAUAUCACUGCAUAGGCUCAAGAUCAAUUCCAAGAAACAUUGUCAGGGAACAUAUUUGUGGCUCCAGGCAAAGCAAAGAGAAAAUUAUGCACAAAAGUGAUCUAGACAACUCUUCAAGGCCUGGAUUGAGAUAACAGGAAAGCAGUUCUUUGGUCUAACAAAUCAAAACGUGACCCUCAUUUCGGAAAUCGUGGAUGCCGAGGCUGAGGUCAUUCAGCAAAGAGAAGAAAACAUCCAUCACAGUGGUUGAGAGGGGUCAUUUUGUCAAGUUUGCAGUAAACCCUUAAAGAGAUAUUGGAAAGACACCAACACCAGAAAAAAACCUCUAAUGGUAGAAGGUCAAGUGAACCAAAUGUAUAAAUAAAUAAGAAUUGAGGGGGGUUGGCCUAAUCGUAACAUUUUCUACCUGUUAUGUGAGUCAUGCUGGUAAUUAUACUGAUUUCAAGACGCUGAUUGGUCAGACAUAAGUUAACAUUUAUUCUGGUUGAGUGGUGUCAGCUGGAAAACAAAACAAAAAUGAAUAUAUAAGUUUGUUGUUGGUGAAAUAAAUAAAUGAGGUCUCUGGUUUCUUUACGUCACUAUACAUUUAAUGUUUAUGUCUCUACUGUCUUUCAGGAACAUGAUUCCAUCUAAUCUAAUCGAAGCCACUUUUCAGCAGGUGAGUCAACAAAAAAGAGGAAACUUUUUCCUGUCUGAAUGAAUGAACUGCUUCAAACCAUAACAGUCUUUCUCCAAAUAUUAACAAAUCUCUAAUAUUGUUCUGUUCUCAUCCGAUUCAGUACCGAACAGACCUGGUCCCCAUCGUAAAGAACUCUGAUUCAAAAGAAUCUCAAGCCAACUAUGUUUACGUCAUGCCCGACUAUCACAACCCCCAACUGGGCCAUCCGGUCUUCCUGGAGAUCACCCCUGCCCCUGACAUCAAGUACAAAAUAGUUCCCAGUACCAGCAAAGGCAUGAACGUCCUGGGGAUUGUCAUCUUCUCUGCUACUAUGGGUGAGUGAACCACACAGCUAAUAGAGUUCAUGAAACGACAUGUAAACGUUCCUUUUGUUUAGAGCUCUUUUAGUUCGCAUCAUGCAUCAUGUUUUCAGCCAAACAAACUCAUCCUACUGUCUUUAAAAAUAUCCCAGAUUUGAAACUUUGCAGCAGAAAACAUAAAAAAGAUCCAGUUUUUAUGCCCAAUACUACCAACCAUGUGAUAAAAUUUGUCCCAGAUUUUCUUUUUUGCUUUUAAGGGUCAUUUAAAGACAUCGCUAUUCAUUUCAGUCUGUUUUAUAACUAGCUAAAAAUCCCUUACCGGAGCUUUAAGUAUCAUGCUCAUCAUUCUUCAUUCAGCUUGUACAAAAGGGGUAAAUGUUGCUGCUUCACUCAAUAUGAAAUAAUCAAUACUGUUAGGAUUAGUUAUAGGACAUUACCUGUUAUUAUGUAAAUUACAUGAAAAGAAAUGGAAACUUUAGUUGUAAGGUUGAAAAAAAUUGUCUUAUUUUUACUUCUUAAAGGGAGCUUUUUACGCAAAACAAGAUUCCUAUUUUAUUUAAAAGUGGUGGUUUACCUCUUUUGUGAAUGACCAGCAUUAAAUGCUUUAAAAUAGUUCCAUGAAGUUUCAAUUUUAAAGGUUGAAUAGUCCUGCUACUGAUGAAAAAUAAAACCUUUUUGUAUGCCUCAGACCAAAAGAAGCACUUUAGUGUUGUGGCUGGUUGUGGGGUACUUAAUAAAGUGGUCCUCUAUCAGGGUGUUUGAUUCUCUUGAGAUGAAGAAUUAAAGCACCGGAGUCUCAAUGGGUAUAAAAAAAAAAUCAGGAAACUAAGCUCUUAACUAAUUCUUGAGACUUUCAGGAAAUAUCUGAUAACAUUGCACUGAAGUUGUUUUGCCAUUAAACCUUUUUUUCUCCAUCAUAUAUGGCGCUGGUUUAUAAUCCAAGCUGGCUGUUCCCUUUAAAAUGUCUUAAUUUUGCAUUUUUCUUUUUGCACAGCACUUUUAAUUGUAAUAGCUAUAAUUUUAUUAUUAAGUUGCAGAAAACACAUGUACAUCAACAGCCUGAGUAAUGCUGCCUUUUUGUCACAGUGAAGGGGUCAGAGGCGAAAUAGGUUGAAAACAGGUUUUUUAAAUUUAAAUGCACUUUGUUUUGAUUCUGUUUACACAUCUUUGACUGCAACUAUCACAUAAAUAUAUUUGGAUACAAAAUCGAGCAGAAAACUGACAAUGAACUAAUAAUGUGUAGUUUUGUGAAAGCUGUUGUAUAUGUCUCUAUAAGUAACCUACAGGGCAUAAGUGAAUAAUUUCCUCCCUCGGCUUAAUUCUCUUCCAAACCCUUUUGUGAGGUUGACUUGUAGCACACUGCUACCUGGAGUGGCUUUUAAAACACGUGUGGAUGUUCUGUAUGUUCUCAGGUCUGCUGCUGGGGAAGAUGGGAGAACGUGGAGCGCCACUAGUCAAUGUCUGCCAGUGCAUCAACGAGUGCGUCAUGAAGAUCAUUAACGCAGCUAUGUGGUGAGGCUGCACUCUCUCCCUAACACGCAUUUCACACACACACACACACACACUGUCCGGCGAGAACAUCUAUAAAAAGACAGACAACACUCAGCAGGACCAGAUUAUAGCUAAAAAUAGACUUCAGGCGCCAAGUCAGGAAAGAUUCAACCCCGGUGCCUGGAGUGUCCUUGGAGCUGAUAAAUCCACUGUAGGAUGUAUGAAUGGAGUAAGAGGGGCUUACAGAAACUUGUUUCUCCAGAGGUAAUGAGCAUGCCCGGAUAGAGUUACUUAACAAGAAGGAAAGCUAUCAUAAAGAGGAUGGGGGGAAGGAAUCACGGUGUGUAAGAUACUUAAGAAUGGAGGGUUAACUUGAGUUCAUUUAUUUAUUUAUUUUAGAUCUUUUUAUUUAAACAUUUUAAACAUUUGGCAAAACAUUUCCUGAUGUAUGAUCUUGAAAAUGUGCAACAGACUGCACCGCAAAAUGAGUUCAAUGAAAGUGAAUAAAUGAGUAAAUAAAUAAUAAAACUUGAUUUAAAAAAAAAAAAAAAAAAAUUAUUUAAAGAUUUUAAACGUUUGGCAAAACAUUUCCUCACGUAUGACCUUGAAAAUGUGUGACAGACAGCACCGCAGAAUGAGUUUAAUAGUAAAUAAAUAAGUAAAUAAAUAAUAAAACAUGAUUUUAUGUAUUUAUUUUUUUAGAACUUUUUAUGUCAACAUUUUAAACAUUUGGCAAAGAAUUUCCUGACAAUUUCCAGAAUGAGUUCAAUAAGAUUAAAUGAAUAAGUAAAUAAAUAAUAAAACUUUAUUUAUUUUUUAGAACUUUUUAUUUAAACAUUUGACAAAAAAAUUUCCUGACUAUAACCUUGAAAAUGCGUCACAGACUGCACCACAGAAUGAGUUCAAUAAAAGUGAAUAUAUAAGUCAAUAAAUAAUAAAAUGAAUGGACUAAUCAACAGGGGAGAGAGGAAGGGAGAACCAAAAUAAGAAUAAACAAUAAAAGUAGAGAUGGAUCAAAUAAAUCUACCAACAAAACUAACUAAAUAAAUAUUAACUUGAGUUUUUAGGCUUAAAAAUCUCACUUUUUACUGAAAUCCUUAUUCUAAAAAGGUGUGAAACUGUGUAAAAUGUUGGAUCGUUCUCAAAUUAUUUAAACUCAACUUAUUCAAUAGGAAAUAGAGCAAAGUUUAUCAUGUGUGGGAUAGAAUCAUGCUGAUUUAAAAUCCGAUGUUUUUCAAAAUAUUGGGACAGGAAAACCAAACAGUAAAAAAGUUGCAGACUUUUUCAAACAGGACCUCGCCUAUGAAUGCCCAACAACAGUCUAUCAUCAUCAUAGAGGAGACUGGUGGCUAAAAUGGCAUUAAGUCCCCAAUGAAAACAUGUGGGACAUCAUGAAAUUAAAAAUAUCCAACAUCAAGCAAGAAUAAGACAGGGUUUCCUUUUUAAAACAGAAGUAAUUGGUCUCCUCUGAAAGUAAUGAAAAAGAGGGCUGAGGUUGUGUUUAUGUGAUCCACUACAGGGUCACAACUAGAGGAGGUGCCACAAACUGAAACUGGUCAAGCUGUGCUGUCAGUUACAUCAGGUUCGUGACGCUUGGGGAAAACUUAGUAGAAAGCUAAACUUCAGUCCGAUCUGAGACUUUUGACGUCUUUUUCCAAAGUCACGGCCAUUAAUCUGCUUCUGAAAAAGCCUUUCGCCCACAUUCAGCCACAGGAUCAUUAGUGAGGUCAGGCACUGACGGCAGUAAGACUAGAUAAGGCUCACAGUCGGCAUUCCAAUUAAUCCUUAAUGAGUGCUCAAUGAGUUUGAGGUCAGGCUGGUCAAGGUCUUCAAGGCUAAACUUGGAAACCUUUUCUGAACGGAAAAAGCUUGUGAACAAACAGGACAACUUUUAAGAGAGCUGGCGUUUAAAAUUCCGUGAUCAGGUGUCAUGAUCCAGGUCUCAGGAGGAAAAGAAACAACAAAAAUUUCCAGGUUCAGGACACUUUGUUUCCCCCUCUCAUAUACAGGUACUUUCCCUUCGGUAUUGUGUUCCUUGUGGCUGGGAAGAUCCUGGACAUGGACGACCCGGCUCACCUGGGGGAGAAGCUGGGAAUGUACUUCAUCACAGUCCUGUCUGGUUUAUUUGUGCACGGCCUCAUCCUGCUGCCUCUCUUCUACUUCUUCUUCACUCGCAAAAACCCCUUCCCCUACAUCAGGGGGCUGCUGCAGGCUCUCGUUAUCGCACUGGCCACAUCCUCCAGGUAAGACAAGUGUAAAAAUUUGUCCACUCUGGCAUGUUAGUGACUGAAGCCCGGUUUGAUCAUACCUUUUGUUUUCUUCAGCUCGGCUACUUUGCCCAUCACGAUGAAGUGUCUUCUGGAGAACUGUGGAGUGGACCGGCAGAUCGCCCGCUUUGUGCUGCCAGUGGGAGCGACCAUCAACAUGGACGGAACAGCCCUUUACGAGGCAGUGGCGGCCAUCUUUAUUGCACAGGUCAACGAGUACGACUUGGACUUUGGUCAGCUGGUCACUAUCAGGUGAGAUCGGACGUUUAGCUAUCAUCCUCUCAUAAUAUGCUCUUGAAAAGAGGACCAGCUUAUCUCAUGGCUCGGUCUCGUCUUUGCAGUAUAACAGCCACAGCUGCCAGCAUCGGUGCCGCUGGGAUACCUCAGGCAGGUCUGGUUACCAUGGUGAUUGUCCUAACCUCUGUGGGGUUACCACCUGCAGACAUCUCCCUGAUUGUGGCAAUCGAUUGGGUUCUGUAAGUCCCCACAAAGUCAGUGCAUAAUAUCAUUCGUUUGUGGAUUUGUUGGGACAGCGUCUUGAAUAUUUCCUUGUUUUUUUCUGCAGUGACCGAUUCAGGACCAUGAUCAAUGUCCUCGGUGAUGCCUUAGCUGCUGGGAUCAUGGCGGAUUUAUGUAGGAAGGACUUCGAGAAAAAAAACACUUCCUCCUCUCCGGCUCCCGCUGCCGCCGCUGCUGAUAACGGAGGUGGUCCUCAACGGGUGAGGACAACUUUACUGAUACUGAUAUUUUGGGAUUUUUAAACUUUUGCUGGGAGAUGACUUACAGUAGGGGAGAGUGGGGUAAGUUGAGUCAAAGGGUAAGUUGAGCCACCCCCUGUUGCUUGGAAAUGGUCAAAGAAAUUGAUCAUGUGACUAAAUAUAUAGGAGAUGGGCAUCAAUUCAUGGAGUCUGUGAAGGUUAGAAUUUUAAAGAAUGGAGGGUCCACACGAAUGAUCAUUUUGACAAGCUUUACUGAUUGCAGAUCUGGGUUAUAGCUUCAUCCUGCCACCAGUGUAUCAAAGACUGGUCUGAGACAGUUCAGGUCUAUAUAGCUGUCCACAUUUCCAAACAUCUUGUUGCAUCUUCUUGACCUGAAGGAGAGUCCAUGUUGGGUAAUAACAAAGCACAACAUAUUUUGGGAGCCUGAGUGAUGUUGUCGGAGGCCCAUGGCUCCAGAAAUCGAGCACCAAAGUCUCCAAGGUAUUAUGAGUGACAAGCCCCAUCACCCAAAAGGCUGACACGACUGGCUAAAGAAAAUUACCCUAACAUAAGUUUUGUUAGUAUUGUGUUCGGACCAAAAAAGAUCAUUUUAAAUUUGUUUUAUACAUUAAUUGUGGUAUCUAUGAGCUACAACAUGAGGUCAAAAACAUAAAAGUCCACCAUUGAAGUGACUGUUAUUUAGGGAGAGAGAAGGUGAGGGAAGGCUGAGGAGGAGAGUAGGAAUAUGGCUCAACUUACCCCGCUCCUAUGGUCAACUUACCCCAUACAUACACGGGGUAAGUUGACAAUAGAAGACCACUAUCAUUUUGGCAUGCUAUAUUAUCAAGACAGUUAUGUUUACACUCAUUCUGUUGGUUUGCAGGGAUGAACAACAUCUUGAAAUUAAGAGAUACACUAGUUAGAGACAAAACUAUGAUUGUCUUGAUGUAGUGAUCCGAAAUAUGAAAAAUGGCUCAUCUUACCCCACUCUCCCCUAUGUGUUAAGCAGGACCUUUAACUGAGUCAGAUCCGUCUUAAUGAGGGAGAAGAAACUGUUGUACCAAAUGGAAAAAUGUUUUUCCGGCUUAAGUUCUGAGAACUGCUUUCACUGUCUUAACUGUAUUUAUAUGUCUUUCCUCCCACAGAGGGACACAGUGAUCUCCUUUGGCAAUCAGAGCGUGGCGUUUUCGGAUGCUCCUCUGAUCUCACACCGGUGUGAUUACGUGUUUGAAGUAGACGGGGACAGUGUACUAGAGAGACCUGUGGCCUGCUACAACCUCUGUCAAGUCUGAGAGCGAAAAAGCGGACAGCGAAUGAUUCUGCCUUCUAAAGCACAAAGACUCACCUCACUUGGGACCAAAAAGGACCAUUACACGGGGCUCGGAAAAACCCAGUUUGGAAAAGAAAACCCUGUCAGGGCUCGGCUCUAAACAAGAUCAAAUAUGGAGUAGAUUG